GCAAUCAGUCGUUAAAUACACCAAUGGUGGUUACAACUCAGGCUGAGGGAAGAAACACAACAUUGACAACAUGACAAAAACUACAACAAGAAGAGUUCUACUUUACUUUUGCUCACUGACAGCUGUCCUCUCAUAUGCUGUUGCUCAGGAGAAAGAUGUUGGGAACCAUAAGUGCUCCUCAACCACCUUGAUGUUUGAACAGCUCUCUACUCAGCUUACGGAGGCAGCACAAUGUGCUGAAAACAUUACUAGCCAGUGGAGCGAUAACCAGACUGCUGUUGUGAUUAACUCCCUAAAAACACUGACAGUCAUUCUACAGAAACAUCAAGAAACAGCUUGCCAGGCCGUUGAUCCCAAUCAUUGUCCAGCUGCUGUAGCCCAGAGUGAAGGAGGACUUGUGUGUGUCACCAUCAACAACAGGCGUUACUGUAAACCCAUGUGCAAUGAGGGCUAUGACUUUGCGUUCUUGAGGACCAGUCGUCUGUAUGAGAACUGCGGUGCAGACACCAAAUUCAAUUGGACAACCCAGUACAUCGGAGGUAACAGGCUGGCCGUUUGCAACAAAUCCUCAAGACCUAUUGCAGGUGCUAAAACAGCCUACUUUCUCAAGGACCAAGACUGCCUGACGACCAAGAGUUACGAUGAUCAGGUGUUUAAGAUCAUUCAGCAGUUCAUCAAUGAGCUGAAGAGCAAAGGCAUCGAGGGAGAGACAAAAUACACCUGUCUCGUCUGUGGAUAACCAUAAUAGAGAGGAGUGAGACUAGAAGGGAACGCUUCAGAGCUAGUAGGAUCUCAAACCUCAUAUGUCGUUCAAGUUGCCAGAGAUAAGAUAAAUGUUCCAUACCAUAAUCACUAUCACUAGCUGCUAAAACUCUCUACAUUAAUGAGGAGAAUAAUGAAUUGAAUUGUUAGAUACUACUGCACUGUUGGAGCUAGGAACACAAGCAUUUCGCUACACCCGCAAUAGCAUCUGCUAAAUAUGUGUAUGUGACCAAUAACAUUUGAUUUGAUUUGAUUUUAAUUAAGAAGAUUUAUAUCUUUGUGCUCAGCAGAACUGAAGUAUGGAAGAAAUGUUAACGAAAUGCAGACAUUAAUGGUUUGAUGUCAAAUGCUCUUAUUUUUUAUUUUGUCAUCAUCACUUUCUUUUUCUGACUUGGGGAUUGUGUUUGUAAUAAAUGUCAUGUUUCUGAAGCAACA